UCAUUUUUCUGCUGUCCACUUUGCCUUUUCUCUCAUUGGUUCCCUCGCUCUUCCCUCUCUCUCUUCCUUUUAUUCAUCACUCAGUCUCAGAAACUCACCACGUGAGUUUUCCCUCCCGCAUUCCCCUUUUCUCCUUCGAUUCCGAUUCCGAUUCAUUCACCAUUCUCUCAACUCAGAUCCAAACGUCGUCGUUUUCUGCUCCCUGAACCUGCACCUAUGGAUUUGGCUUCCAAUCUCGGUGGCAAGAUUGAAAAAGCUGAAGUUCUUUCCGCUGUUGAAAAGUAUGAGAAGUAUCAUGUAUGCUAUGGAGGUCAAGAGGAAGAAAGGAAAGCUAACUAUACUGAUAUGGUUAAUAAAUACUAUGAUCUUGUUACCAGCUUUUAUGAGUUUGGCUGGGGGGAAUCUUUCCAUUUCGCACCCAGAUGGAAAGGGGAAUCUCUUCGAGAGAGCAUCAAGCGACAUGAGCACUUCCUUGCUUUACAACUUGGCCUGAAGCCUGGAGAGAAGGUUUUGGAUGUUGGAUGUGGAAUUGGGGGACCAUUAAGAGAAAUUUCGCGAUUCAGCUCAACAUCAGUUACAGGGUUGAACAACAAUGAGUACCAGAUUACAAGAGGAAAGGAACUCAAUCGUAUUGCUGGAGUGGACAAGACUUGCAACUUUGUCAAGGCCGACUUCAUGAAAAUGCCAUUCCCAGACAAUAGUUUUGAUGCAGUGUAUGCAAUUGAAGCUACCUGCCAUGCACCAGAUGCUUAUGGAUGCUAUAAAGAGAUUUUCAGAGUGUUAAAGCCUGGCCAACACUUUGCUGCUUAUGAAUGGUGCAUGACAGAUUCUUUUGAUCCCAAUAACCAAGAGCACCAAAAAAUCAAGGCAGAAAUUGAGAUCGGUGAUGGGCUUCCUGACAUUAGGUUGACCACAAAGUGUCUUGAAGCUCUAAAGCAAGCAGGUUUUGAGGUAAUAUGGGUGAAAGAUCUAGCUGUGGACUCUUCUCUUCCUUGGUACUUGCCUUUAGACACAAGUCAGUUCUCACUUAGUAGCUUCCGUCUUACAACUGUUGGACGACUUUUCACCAAAAACAUGGUCAAGGCUAUGGAGUUUGUUGGUCUGGCUCCUAAAGGGAGUCUAAGAGUUCAAGAUUUUCUAGAGAAGGCUGCAGAUGGCCUAGUCGAAGGCGGAAAGAGAGAGAUUUUCACACCAAUGUACUUCUUUUUGGCACGGAAGCCAUAGUAACUAAAGUAGUGGUGAAAAUAGGUUGUUGUUUUCAAUUGUUACUGUGAUUCUGGGUGGAGGAUCCUAAGCUAAGAUUGUCUUUGGCCUUUCCGUUGUAAGUUUAGCUGUUUUCGGUUGCUUGUUUGCUUGGGGAAGCAGUGCUACUCCUGCGUUACUGGAUAGUAUAGUUUUUUUUACAAAUAUGGAUUGAUUUUCAUGUCUGGUUUGUUUAUCCUACAUGUUAUGAGUGGGGGUUUUUACCCAGAAGGGCAGGCAAAGUAAUUUAAAAGCUGAUUGAAGUCAAA